UGUACGAUCAAAGGGAGACAAACGUGACCAGCACAUACUUGUCAUUCCUUGUGAUUUCGAUUUUGUGCGCCUUGUCACCUGUGUUUACAAGAUGGCGGCGAGCAGGAACGAAUAUGUACUAGAUGAAUUAAUAUGCUACCUUAGCAACCCUCUGUUCCAAGUUCCAGUUAUAUCUUUUAUGGAGAACAAUUGUAUCAUAUUUGAGCCAAGUUGUGAAGAUUCUUCAGAGUGCAAGCAAGUACACAAAGACUACAAGAAAAUGAUUGACACUCUACUGAGCAGCUUUCUGACCGACACGGGACUCUCUCAUGACCAGAUUCUUCGUGCUCUGAAGGACUUGAAUUCUAAACCAGAACUUCGAGAUAUCUUUCAGAAUCUUUUUGAGCAAGUGCUGGCAGCAGAUGAUCCUGAUAUAUUUUUCCGACUGAUGGUGCAGAAAAACAUUGAACUGCAGCAGCAAGCCUUGAUGUUGAUAGUUCAGCUGCAAGGGAACCUGCCAGCCAGCCUAUUGAUGGAGCCAGCCUUGGAAAAGAAGGCCUUGAAACCAGACACUUUCUCCGAGGAUGACGUCUUAAAAGCUGUGUUGGAACAGUCGAAGAAAGAGUACGAUGCCGACCAGAAACAGCUGCAGGCGAAGGAUGAGGAGCAGGUACAGGCUAUCAUCAUCAUAUCACGGGACGAAACCACCAGACUGCAGGAGGAGAUGAAGAGGGAACAUGACAAACUCACACAGAAACUUGCCACUGUUUCCAUAGAGGAACCGACAACAUCCAAAGCUAAAGUCCCAGAUGUGACCUCGAGUCAGUCCAACAAAACAAUGCCUCCAUUUUUAUCUCAGCAGAGUCUCACAGAUCUCAAGUCUGCACCUUCAUUAGUGAGUCCGAAGGAUUCAGUAACAGGAUCGAGUUCUGAAUCAGCAGUUACAGCGAAAACGUUGCCAGCCACUUCGGGCAAGUCGCCAUCUAUCGGCAAGCCACCGACAAUGGACAACAUGGACCAUGGAGAACCAGGCAGAAACCUGCUUGGUCACAGUGUCCAGAAGUCACAGUCUGGCAAGUCAAUUGGUGGUGUGGUCAAGGGUGGUCCGAGCAGUACGGAGGCAGCAGCCAACUGGCUGCAGUCAGCCCAGACAGAAGUCCAGUCGUCCACAGCACAUUCGGCCGCAGUCAGAGCUAUGGCAGCUACUAUGCAGAAUCUGAGUCCUGAAGAGCAGAAGAAGCGUGAAGAGUUUCUGAAGCAGCAAAGGGACAAGCUGAUGGCCAUGAAGAAGAAGGAAAGAGAAAAGCUUCUGCUAUCGGCGGAGAGGUCCCAGCCACAGAGGCCGGUGUCGGCCCGAGCUGCACAUGCAGCCAUGAGCCAGGACAAUAGACUGACGAAAACUGUGAACCCAGAGGACGAAAAGAAACUGGCCAUGAGGCGUGCAAUAGCUAGUCGAAUUAAAACUGAACUCAUGGGUAAGAAGGAUUGAUAGAUGGAAGUCUCGUGUCACUCAAACUGUCACUGCUUCACUGUGUUGGCCGUCCACUUCUUAUUACGUCCAACCGUUGUGGCUAUUCUUACAGUAUGUGUUUAAAACAGGCCUCUGAAGAUUGCGACAGCGAUAGUUUCAUUCGUGCGUCGCUCGCAUAAGUAUAGUUUUGUGUAACCCAUUUUUCGUUCACGCAUUGAAUUUAUGAUAUCAUUUACAUGGUCAUGGCAGGUUACGUAAAAACAAAAUCGGUUACGCAAAUGUUCAGUUUUCAGAGGCCUGGUGUUAGUAUAUACUACUCAAAACAAAGGAACAUCCAUAUUUUAUGAGGAUGAUUAAUAUAAAUAGGAGAUGAAGAUGGUCCCAAUAUUUUUUUUUCUUCUAGAAUUCCAGAUUAUAGCACCAUCUCAAAAAAUAAUUCUAUCUUUUAUUCUUUAAUGAAAAGCUCACGGUGACACCCUACUGUUCAUGCAAGACAUUGCAAAGUUCUUCAGAUUUGUUGUCCGUUAUCACUUUCAUCCUUCAUAAAUAUAAUGUUCUUUUUCUUACUGGCAAGGUUUGUAGGUGGGGGAUGGAGUGCUAAGUGUUGAAAAAUGCCCACAUUAUUUAGAUCUUGCUGUGUAUUAUAAAUGGCGAGGCAGUUGAUGCUUUAGUUUAAACACAAAUCCAGAUUUGAGGAACAAAGUAGGUCACUGAUGACAUUUUGCCUUACCUUUCCCCGACACUAUCACAAUCACCGCUUCCUUGGUGAGUUCCAGUAACACAGUCUUUGUCUACACAAUAGAUCAUUUUCUUAUUCUGGUGUCAUGAAAAGCCUUGAGAAAACAAUGAAAACAUACCCAACUGGUACAAAUCAUCAUCUGAGCACUUUAAUAGGGUUACAGCAACUGUGUAUUUUCAAGGAUGGCCAGAUGUUCACUUGCACGUGCACUAGUCAUAUUAGUGUUUGUUUUACUGGGGAAAUUUAAUGUUGGUUUUGCUUAAAGGUUUGCCUAGUUGCAGUUUGGUUAAAGAAGAAAAAAUCACUAGGAUUAAUUAUGAGCUUAAAAAUAUGAAGGACUGUUAUUAUUUUAUGGUGCAGUUAAAUGCGUAUUAAGCAGCUACCUAUCUUUUUAGGAACAUGGAUCAGUUAGAGUAGUAGUGUACAUAACAGUACAUAUUGGGUAUGCCAUCACUCAGGAAAUCACUUGUUAUACUGCCUUUGUUAUCCACUCAAAUCCAUGUUUGACUGGAGAUAGUAGAAAAUGUUAAAGUACAUUUUUUCUUUUCAAUUAAAAUACAGUGAAACCAUUCUAAACAGGGCACCCUUUGAACCAAUACAAAUGUCUGGUUUUAAGAGGUCAAGUUCUGUCAUGGUUUUUAGAAAGGGACUCAGUAAAAUGUCCGGUUUUGAGGGAAUUCCAGUUUACAGAGGGUCCGGUCUUGAGAGGUUUCACUGUAAUAAAUUACCUAUGCAUGUAAUUGAUUAUAUAUAAAGUAUUUCCAUUACUGUAAUAAACAUGAA